UGUACUAAAGAGGACUUAAUCUGCUUUUGACAGCCAGUUGUGCGAUCUUUUACCGAUGAACUCUAUGAGGGAUCCAUUAAACAUAGACCACCACCACCACCACCUAACAGGGAAUAAACUUGCCUCCACACACCACACGGCUCUGGCGAUGGCCUCUAGUUUACAGCCACUGCAGCGGUCUGUGGACUCGAAACAUCGGUUAGAGGUGCAUACGGUGUCGGACACGUCCAGUCCGGAGUCAGUCGAGAAAGAGAAGAUCCAAAAUAAAAACGACGACUCCUCAGAUGACCCCUCGAAAAAGAAGCGGCAGCGACGGCAGAGGACUCACUUCACCAGCCAGCAGCUGCAGGAAUUGGAGGCCACUUUCCAGCGGAAUCGCUAUCCGGACAUGAGCACAAGGGAGGAGAUAGCCGUGUGGACCAACCUCACAGAGGCCCGGGUCAGGGUUUGGUUCAAGAACCGGCGAGCCAAGUGGAGGAAACGGGAAAGAAACCAACAAGCCGAGCUUUGCAAAAACGGCUUCGGCCCGCAGUUCAAUGGACUCAUGCAGCCCUACGACGACAUGUACCCCAGCUACACAUACAACAAUUGGGCCGCCAAGGGCCUCACGUCGGCCUCCUUAUCCACUAAAAGCUUCCCCUUCUUCAACUCCAUGAAUGUCAACCCCUUAUCCUCGCAGACCAUGUUCUCACCGCCCAACUCCAUAUCCUCCAUGACUUCCAGCAUGGUGCCAUCGGCGGUCACCGGGGUGCCGGGCUCCAGUCUCAACAGCCUCAAUAACUUGAACAACCUCAGUAACCCGUCUCUCAACACUGGGGUGCCCACGACGGCCUGCCCUUACGCGCCUCCGACCCCUCCUUAUGUGUACAGGGACACUUGCAACUCCAGCCUGGCCAGCCUGAGACUGAAAGCCAAGCAGCACUCGAGUUUUGGAUAUGCCAGUGUGCAGAAUCCGGCCACUAAUCUGAGCGCUUGCCAAUACGCCGUGGACAGACCCGUCUAA